GCAAUUAGCCAAGUGCUUGGAGAGUGAAACGUUCGUGAUGAAUAAAUGUGCUAUUAAGAAAUUAUAAAAAAAACCAUAAAAUUAAACAGCGACGACAAACACAACAACAACAAUAACCCUACGAACCAAUAAAAAAAUUAAUUGCAACAAAGUUGUAAUUAUCAGCGACAAAAACAAUAACGACAUUUUUGUUGCUGACAGCGCAAGGUGUUGUACCUGUAUAUAAGCGCUACUUACAACAAAAACAAGCAUCACGCACACAUAUGUGACACAUACAUACACAUAUACACACGUGUGUGGAAAUAUAGCAUCCUAGUGCUGAAGCGAUUGUGGGAAUUGUGAGCAUUCAACGCAUUAAUAUAUAGACUUCGUGUUUUUUUUGCAAUAACAGCAAUAUAUAUUAGCGAAAAUUACAACUAAAGCAACAACGGCGACAAUAAUAAAAACAACAACAACAACGACGACGUUGCGCAUUACAAACGACACAUUGCAGCAAGCGUAACGCACAACGAAAGUGAAAGCAAAACUAACUGCACAUUGAAAGCGCGACAAAAAAACCGACCAAACAGACAAAUACCGAGUUAAGCGUAAGCGGCUUAACGCAACAAAACGCUUCUUCUAACAUUGAAACUAAAAAGCCAAAACAUAUUAAAUACGCGCGCAUAAGGCGAACAAAAAAACAAUAAAAAUCUUAAUAAAUUUAUUGGCAGUGGAGUUAACAAUAACAGAAUAAAGAUAUGUUCGAGAAAAAACGCUUUGAUUCGAACGAAAUUACUAACAACUAAACGAGCGGCUUUCGAAAAGGUGUCACCAAAGCGCGGUUGCUGUACAUAAACCCAUGCCUACAUACAUACAUACAUAGACAAACAUUUAUAUUGGCCAAAUUUAGCAUAAGAAUAAGCACAUUCACCAUAAACGAGACAAGAAAAAAAAACAAAAACAACAAAAAUUAAGAAAAGACAACAAAAUUAAAAAAAAGACACAACAACAAAUAAAUAUAACAAAAAAAAACAAGAAAAAUUGACAAAAGCGCUACAAUUAAAAAAAAAUAUUCAAAGCAUCCAAAGAAUUUGUGGUGUUGACCGCAACGAACGACUUCACUCAAUCAACGACUCAACUCAAACGAAAAUACUCAACAGUCAGAGUAGGCACGAAACACACUCAAACGCCUCGAACAUUCGCACAGCAUCCAACACAAGCUUUGUCAUUGAAACGAGAGGCGCUUUAUGCUUUUUAUGCCGUUAUUGAUUUUCAUAUAGCCUCAGCAUACAUACAUACAUAUAUACAUAUUUGUACAGAUGUAUAACUGUAUGUGACAAACUUUGCUUUUGUUUAAUUGAAAAUUUUUAUAUUCAAAAAUCACAACAACAACAACGAAAAUAACAACAAAAUGAACUAUGAAAAGGCCAUCGGUGAAACGCUGCAGUACGAGAGCAACGGCAAAGGCAGCUACAACAACAACAACAAUACAAACAGCAUACAAGCCUUUUGGAAUGAUCAGAUAAUGGAGCGCUUCAUAAAGGCCAAUUUAUUUAUGAUUUGCUGCGUGGCGGCCGGCUUGCUACUGAUCGUCUAUUUGGGUGCGUUCUCGUGCGAAGUGUCUUGGAUAUUGGAAGCGCAUGGCGAUUUGCCGAUGUCAUCGUAUAUACUUUGCACACAAUUCUUCAUAGUUUUUGUGGCAACAACAAUACUCAUACAUGGACUGGUCACCGGUUUGCCGUGGGGCCUGUUCGCAUGGUCAGUCGUUAUUGGGCUACUUUCAAUACCGGAACUGAUAUUUGUCAUGAUUAUGACAACGCAGCACUGGGGCCUACAAUCGGUGCAUGGACUCACCGAGCUCAUUUCCUACCUCGUAAGACUGGUGAUAAAUUGCUUUGCGUUAAUUUGUGUGAUACCAACCGGUAUAAGAUGGCGUCGCGAGACACAGGUGCUGACACAACUGCAGGGCUUGGCCACACGCCUCCAGCUGCAGACGCCGCCGCCGAGCGUGCCGAUCGCGAAGGCCGACUCGCGACGCGCCAGCAAGCGGCGGCAGAGCGGCGCGUUCGAGAAUGCCGGCUACGAGGUGAGCGAACCGACCAAGAUCAAUAUGGUCGGCUCGCAGGCGCAAGGCCUGAACAUGUACAACAACAAUAAUCCGUUGUUUGGCUCACAAAACGAAUUCAAUGCGGCGAUCUUCAUGCCACAGUACAUGCAACAGUUCAACGGCCACGCUUACGGUCACGGCGGCAGCGGCGUGCAGAUGCGCAACGCCGGCAAUCGCGCCCAAUCGCUUAUGGAUCUGCGCUGCACGCUACCCGGCAUGUAUAAUCCGCGCUACGUGCUCGACACGGAGGACAAAAACGGCAAAUACUUCAACAUCACCAUUGACGACCUGAAGAACAGCAUACAGGACUCGAACAAGCACCAGCCACCGCCGUCGGUCAUCGGUUCGGUGAACGAUCCCAUCUACUGUUCGAUUGAGCCGAAGUUGCCCACACCGCCGCAGCAGCGUCAACGCACGCCAGAGAAGUCCGCGCAGGCGUCGUCGUCGUCGGGCAAGUUGACACGCAACUGCAUUUCGCUGGAGAAUUUGGAUGGCAUUACGAAGGUGCAAAACGAGUUGGCUGCCUAUGGCAACAAUCUGUUGCAGAACUACACACAACAACAACAAUACUACUUGGCCAUGCUGAGCGGUUAUUUAAAUAAUCCGGUGCACGGCACGGGCGUCUAUCGACGGCCGUCGAGCGGCUCGGCGGUGGGUCCUUUCUCGGGCACGGUGUUGGCGCAACCGCUGCCGCGGCGCAACUCACAGCAGCUGCAGUAUUAUGGCGGCUUCGACUAUGCGAACUACACGAAUCCCUACAUAACGGCGAACAGUAAACUGUCGCUCGGCAAUGAGUCCGACGAUUAUCGGAAAUAUCGCGAUGUGGCGCUGUAGGCGCCUAGCAGAUGUUUUGUAGGUUAUGUUUUAGGUGCUAGUGAAUGAGUCAAUGUUUACUUUAGUUUUUAGUUUGAUGUUAGGUUGUAUUGUUUUAAUAAAUAUUUAGGAUUAGUACGAAUAUAGACAUUUUUGGGCUAAAGCCACAUAAGCACUGAUUGACUAUACUUAUAUUGAGGUUAUGAUAAAAUAAUUUGAUUAAAUUAUAAUAAUCGACCCAAAUAAAUUGUACUUGUAUAAAUUA